ACGAAUCAAAACAUGCCAAGAUUAUACCUCUUGGAGCCACAAUUCUCCAUUCUUGAUGACACAUUUUAAAAAAACAACGUAUUAAAUUGUCUCGUUUCUCCUUAAGUAACUAACCAAUCACACUCUAUAACCAGCUUCUAGUAUUAUCACACCAAUUUUCUCACUACCCAUUUUCAUUUUUCUUGCUAUUUUGGGUAAUUGAGUAAAGCUACAAAGGUUUUCAAGAUACCGUUAUUGUGUUCCUUGCUAUUUUAGUCUUUCUUUAUUAGUGUUAUCAUCUUGUUGAGUAUAUUCAGGGAAACCUUGAAAUUUCUGUUCUUGGAAAUUUCAGAUGAGAAUUAUGUUCCAAAAUAAUUGUCCAAAAGCUUUAGAUAUAAUAUUGGGAUUGUGUUUCUUGCUAUUUUAGCCUCUCUUUAGUGUUAUCUUCGUUGAGUGUAUUCUUGAAAUUGCUGUUCUUGGGAAUUCAGAUGAGAAUUAAGUUCCAAAAUAACAGUCCAAAAAGUGUAGAUAUAAUAUUGGAGGAUCAUGUAUAGUGCUAAUUGGACUGGUUUUGGAUUGGCUGUGGCGUCUAGUGCUUUUAUUGGGUCCAGUUUUAUCAUCAAGAAAAAGGGUCUUCAGAAAGCUGGGGCAUCUGGUACUAGGGCCAGCUCGGGUGGAUAUGGUUACCUACGGGAGCCUCUUUGGUGGAUUGGGAUGGUAACUAUGAUUGUUGGAGAAUUUGCAAAUUUUGUGGCUUACAUUUAUGCGCCAGCAGUUCUUGUGACACCGCUUGGAGCUUUAAGUAUAAUUGUUAGUGCUGUUCUAGCACAUUUCUUACUGAAGGAAAAAUUGAAGAAACUGGGAGUAUUAGGAUGUGUUUUAUGUAUAGUAGGUUCUGUUGUCAUUGUUCUUCAUGCACCUGGUGAACAUGAACUUAAUUCAGUGGAUGAAAUAUGGGCAUUAGCUACGCAACCAGCUUUUCUUUUGUACACUGCCUCAGCAGUUGCAAUAGCAUUGGUACUAGUCUUAUAUUGUGAGCCUCGCUAUGGUCAGACAAAUAUUAUGGUCUAUAUUGGUGUUUGCUCCAUCAUUGGGUCCUUGACGGUUAUGAGCAUCAAAGCUAUCGGUAUAGCGAUAAAGCUUACAUUGGAGGGUUCAAACCAAGCUGCACAUUUUCAAACUUGGGUGUUUGUGAUGGUUUCUGUUACAUGUAUAAUUACUCAACUAAAUUACUUAAAUAAGGCAUUGGACACGUUUAACACAGCUGUGGUUUCUCCAAUAUAUUAUGCCAUGUUCACAUCACUUACAAUUUUAGCCAGUGCCAUAAUGUUUAAGGAUUGGUCUGGUCAGAGUGCUAGCAGCAUCGUUUCAGUGCUUUGUGGCUUUUUAACUGUGCUCUCAGGUACAAUGGUUCUUCAUGGUACAAGAGAUCCAGAUCAUCCUCCUAGUACAGAUUUGUAUGCGCAACUUUCCCCUCAAAUAUCAUGGUUGGUACAUGCCAACGGAGAAAUAUGGAAGCAGAAAGAGGACGGUUUGCAUUCAGAAUUUGUUGCAAUAAUUAGGCAGGAUCAUUUCAAGUAGGGGAAAAAGAGAACUCAGAUGAUUGGUUGGAGGCACUUCUCUAUGGCUGUUCAAUUUUCCUCCAAACAAACUUCGUCAUGCCAGAUUUUGGAUGUACCAAUCAGCUCCCCUUUGUCAGUUUCAGCUUGAGAAUGUUCUCGGUUUUUCUUCUCUAGGUACAGAUGUCUGAUAUCUGUUGAUUAUUCUUGUCCAUAUUUAGACUUAAUUUUUUCGGCCUAGAUUGUAGAUUUCUGGAUUUGGUGGACGCCUAGAUGUAGUAUAGCGGGUAAAAAAAUGGUGGUAUUUAUUCGAUAAGAUUGUUCUGUUUGUGAAGAACAGUUUUUACAGUCAUGAACAAGGCAAUGAUAGUUUGAACUCAACCAUUUUU